AUGGAAGAUGGUGCAAUUGGAAAGUUUAAUUCCCCGCAGCAAUUAAUGAGACUUCUCGAGACUGAUCUUAGUACCAAAGCGCAAUGGGCCGCACUUGCACUGAAGAUGGGACGUCUCGAAGAAGCAACGACCGUGAUGGCAGAAGUGAUCCGAGAAAAGAAGCAUCUGACAGUCAAUGAGCGCUUCGUGUUCGCUUUAGCAUAUCAGGAACGAGCUAAAGAAUGUCGUGAAACGUGUCACUGUAUCGAAAAACGACGUCGUGUAGAACACCAGGAAUGCGAACGAGCAAUGACAAUUGUACACGAAAGCGUCGAAUACGAACUGAGCGAUAUGCUGCAUGAACUUUGCGUACUUCUUUCUCGCGCAACUUUUUAUGAUAUAAUCAUUUUUCUUAUUUGUUUUUGGGGAAAAACCUUGCUGUGA